AUGUCUCGCUACACGAGGCCCCCCAACACCUCCCUGUUCGUCAGGAACGUCGCGGAUGCCACCAGGCCUGAGGACUUGCGCCGGGAGUUUGGCCGAUAUGGUCCAAUAGUCGAUGUUUACAUUCCACUUGACUUCUACACUCGCCGUCCAAGAGGAUUUGCUUAUGUUCAAUAUCCUUUGUUUAAUUUUAUAUUUGAAGAUGUUCGAGAUGCUGAAGAUGCUCUUUACAACCUUAAUAGAAAAUGGGUAUGUGGCCGUCAGAUUGAAAUACAGUUUGCACAGGGUGAUCGCAAAACACCAGGACAGAUGAAAUCAAAAGAACGUCAUCCUUGUUCUCCAAGUGAUCAUCGGCGAUCCAGAAGUCCCAGCCAAAGAAGAACUCGAAGUAGAAGUUCUUCCUGGGGCAGAAACAGGAGACGAUCUGAUAGCCUUAAAGAGUCUCGACACAGGAGGUUUUCUUAUAGUCAAUCGAAAUCUCGUUCCAAAUCACUACCAAGGCGGUCUACCUCAGCAAGGCAGUCAAGAACUCCAAGAAAAAAUUCUGGUUCUAGAGGACGGUCAAGGUCCUUACAAAAAAGAUCCAAGUCAAUAGGAAAAUCACAAUCAAGUUCACCUCAAAAGCAAAUGAGCUCAGGAGCAAAAUCAAGAUCCCAUGGAAGACAUUCUGACUCCAUAGCAAGAUCCCCAUGUAAAUCUCCCAAAGGGUACACCAAUUCUGAAACUAAAGCACAAAUAGCAAAGCACUCUCAUUUUCGAUCACAUUCCAGAUCUCAGAGUUACCGUCAUAAAAACAGUUGGUGA